AAGAAGUUGACGCUUUUUCUUUUUAAUUUUUUUUUUUUUUUUUUUAAUUUAAUUUUUCACCCUUCCUCCUUCUACGUUUCUCUCAAUCGCAACUGUAUAAUUGACGGGACAUUGCUUUCCAAAACCUUUCAAAAAGUUCAAAACACAAAUAAAAUUAAAUAAAAUUACGCGUCCUUUCCAUUUCUUCUUCUUCUUCUUCUUCUUCUUCUUCUUCUUCUUUUUCUUUUUCUUUCUUCAACGUACAGUACUCCAUUUCCCCUUUCUCUUCACAAACCCUAAUUCUCUUAAUUAUUUCAUUAAUUCCCUCUGCUUUCUUAUCUCUCACUAAUUCCUCCCCUCUUCCAUUCAUGGCCGAUUCUCCUCCUCCCCCUCCUUUCUCCACCGCCGAUUCCUCCUCUACUUCCUCCAACGCUCUUUUCUUCUUCCCUCCCGAUUCCGAUUCCACCAUCCUCACCCAAUUCGGUUGGAAUUUCCACUCUCUUCAACCUCAACCUUCUCGAUUCCAUGACUCUCACCCGAUCCACUCCGAUUUCCCUGCAACCUCCACUACUACUACUACUACUACUACUACUAUUACUACUACUCCUCCACUCAUCGAAGACUCCGCUGGAUUAUCAGACGCUCCUCUUCCUCUCCCUUCUAAUCCUUCUCUCUCUUCCAGCUCCAGCGGUGAUCCCCCGGACAAACCGCCUGAGAUCAUUACUCCGCGGAAGGUGAAAAAGAAGGGGCAAAAGCGAAUUCGGCAGCCAAGAUUUGCGUUCAUGACCAAAAGUGAAGUUGAUCAUCUUGAAGAUGGUUACCGGUGGAGGAAAUAUGGACAAAAGGCUGUCAAAAACAGUCCUUUCCCUAGGAGCUACUACAGGUGCACAAACAGCAAAUGCACAGUAAAAAAAAGGGUAGAACGGUCGUGUGAAGAUCCAAGCGUUGUAAUAACAACAUAUGAAGGCCAACAUUGCCAUCACACCGUUGGAUUCCCUCGAGGUGGAUUAACCAUAGCUCAUGAAACUUCUUUUGGUUCUCAAUUUUCACCUCAAAUCCCACAUUUUUUUUACCCUGAUCCAUCACCACCACCACCUCCACCCCCAACAACAACUAAUAACCAUAACCCUCCCACACCUCCCAUUGACCAACAUUUCCCCAGUACUUCUAGUUCGACUGAACAACAAGAACCACCAAAUUCACAUCUCCAACAACUUCCUUCCAACGAAGGCUUGCUCGGUGCUAUCGUCCCCCCUGCCAUGAUGCGUAGAACAACAUGACAUGACGUACGAACUUACUCUUCCACACCCAUUUUGGGGUAUGAAAAUCUUGCACUAACCUCAUGAUCCCUCCCUAUACAUAUAAAGUAUAUAUAACUUAUUUUUUGUUCAAAUUAUUGACAAUUGGAUGCUUUUUGCUGAAGUUGUAUGUGGUUCCGAAAAAAAGUUAUUCGACAUAUGUGACAGUCAAAUUGAAUAAAUUUUCAGGUCUAGGAGAAAAUAGGAGGCGUUUUAUAAGCAUGUAAUUCGGCUCACAAAAGCCAAAUAUAAUUGUCGUUUUUAUGCAAUAUGCUUUAAUUUGUACAAAGUAGAAAGGGUUGUUGUUGGUUAUGUUGGCUAUAUAUUUUUCUUUUGACUCUUGUAGAUUUUUAACUCAUUGGGGAUGCCCUCAUGUAUGGAUGGAUUAUUGUAAUUGAAUUAAACACUAUAUUAUUGGCAUUAUUGUUUAGGAUGAAAAUUGGGUUGGUGUUUACAGGGUACUGACACACAGAUUGGAGUGUAAAAAUAUUUAUGCAUAUGUAUAGCUCUAGCUUUGGGAAAGUGAAUCUUGUAAUACUGUGUGUAUUGCUGCUAAAGGAGUUGAUGUAUGGUUGUGGUGGUAACAGGUAAUUAAAGAGACCCCCAUGUGAAUUUUGAA